AUGGCCCGCACUAAGCAGACCGCCCGCAAGUCCACUGGUGGCAAAGCCCCCCGCAAGCAGCUCGCUUCCAAGGCAGCCCGUAAAUCGGCGCCAUCUACCGGUGGUGUCAAGAAGCCUCACCGCUACAAGCCCGGAACCGUCGCUCUCCGUGAGAUCCGUCGCUACCAGAAGUCGACUGAGCUCCUCAUCCGCAAGCUGCCCUUCCAGCGUCUUGUUCGUGAGAUCGCCCAGGACUUCAAGUCCGAUCUCCGCUUCCAGUCCUCUGCCAUCGGCGCUCUUCAGGAGUCCGUUGAGGCUUACCUCGUCUCCCUCUUCGAGGACACCAACCUCUGCGCCAUCCACGCCAAGCGUGUCACCAUCCAGAGCAAGGACAUCCAGCUUGCCCGCCGCCUCCGUGGUGAGCGUGGUUAA